UUUAAACGGUCCAAAACGGCACCGAGGAAAAGAUUAACGACAAAGUGACGCCUUUGGCGAUCGAUCAAAUGGUGACGCAUGGCCAUCGUUUAUCAUUUACAGCAUGGCGUAUUGCGGGUGGCACAAGAUGAGAAAGAUGUCUACAAUACAAAGGGAAUUUAAAUUUGCAGGCGCAGAUUUCAGACAGAUCGUUUAAGUUGAGCGUGAGCGUAAUAUUUUGCUAUAGUUAUUAUGUCCUACUUACUUAUAUUAUUUACACAGAUUCGCUGCUACUUUAUGUUGAACAUUAUUGGUGCAGUGACCAGGAUACCAAGCAUAAAUUAAGAUUAAUUUUAAAUUCAAAUAAUGAGAUUUAAUCAGUUUUUCUUCCGAAGUAAAACAUUUACUAAUGUAUGUCUCUCUAAACUAUGAUUAAUUUAUUUCUCAAUCUAAACAAAAUCCCCAGCACUAUUGACAUCCAAUUACAUCGAGCUCUCCAAAAUCAUUUCGAGAGUACUCGAAGUAUUGUUGGAAUAUCUCACUCAUCGUCUACAAGAAGUUUGUUUAGUGCAGCAGCCAUAUGGAGCCCUAUGCAGCCAAAUCCCCCACGCUAACCUCUCUUAACGAGCUGCAAACGGUAGUGAGCAUAAAUGUUUGACCUUCCCCUUGAAGGGGUCCAAAAGCUAUACAGAAAGAAAAGACACAUCUUACCGCAAACCGCGAUGAUCUUUAAAUCUUGAAAAUCGUUGUGGAAAGAGUGGGGAAGCAUGAUUCAUGCAACGCAAAAGAAAGAUCUCUUUCUCCGAGAUGGAGCAGAUCGCGCUUGAUCGCAUGAAAGCGAUCGGCUUGCAUGUUGGUUUGGGGAGUAUGCUUUAAGUGAUCGUCUGGAACAGACGUGUGUAGUUUGCUCGGUGCCCGAUCGUGAUACGUUUGUUGUGCGAAAGGUGUGUUUUGGCAUCGGUGCGAUUAAGAAAAGAAGAACCGUGCAACGAGUGCAUCGUGGUGCAUAUCGCAUUCCGUUUAAUGAAUGAAGGUGUUAAUGGGGCGAUGCAUUUUUAUGAGCGUGUGAAAAGAUAUAAAGUGGAAAAUGGUGUUCAAUUAAUUAGCGAUCGUAAUUAAGCUGAAGAAAACAUGAUUAAGUUUUGUGUUUCAUCAACAAAUAAAUUAAAAUUUGUAAAAAGAAAUCUUUGCUAAGAAAUAAAUACACAUCAAACUGAGUCAUCUUCCGGUUGUGUCCUCGAAACGGGAAAGAAGCUACUGUAACCUUGGCAUUAGUGGCGUGGUUAGUGAUUAAAAUGAAAUUUAGUUUUGUGGGUUCCAAGUUGCUUUGCAGAAAAAUGACCAACUUCGAACACGUACGGGACACAAUCGGACAAACUCUCGUCCCAUGCACACAUACAGCCGUCUGGUUCGCGUACAGUAAUUGGAGAGAAAGUUUGUUUGCCACAAGUCGGUUUGCGUGCUGGUUGCAAAACCGCACCGUGGUCUGGUCUGGAGAAGAUGUCGAUACUCCCGGUAGGGAAAUAAUGAACGGUACGAAAGUGACAAUUUUACGUGAAGCAAGAAGGAAACGAAUAUAAAAAGCACACACACACAACGGGAUAGCUGGUCGCUUCAUUCAAAAGUUUUGCUUCGUGUCUAAUGCUUUCUUGGAAUAAUUGCCACAUUGCCUGUGUUGAUUGGAGGUCGAUGAAAGUGUAAUUAAUGGAUGAUAAAUUGUACAGAUGUCGAAGGAGAUUCUUUCUUGUUGGUAGUAGAGGAAAGGAAUGUGUCUUGAAGCAAAAUGGAUGUAUAGAUGUAAUAUAUUUUAAUUUGAUUCGAUAUGAAGGUGUUCUUGCUCUGGUGAGACGACUCUGGUGAGGUGAUUGCCAAUUUUCUGGUAAAGGUUUUGAGAUUUCCGGAUACAUCAUGCUUGGAGUGGAAAGGAAAUGUUCAUCAAAUUAUUAUUUAGGGUUUUCUAAAGUAUUUUAUGAAUGACUUUUACAUAUCCAUCAGAACGAACAGUAAAGAAACAUGAUUAAACCGUUAGUAGUUCUAGUGUUAAUAACAUUUUGAAAGAUUUCUGAUAGCCAAAAAACGAGAAAACUUACUUCUAAUGCCUAAUAGACUAUGAAGUUAAAAAUAACUAUUAAUUGCAUAUCUUCAGGCUCCACCAAUUUUUGAUACCACUUAGGCAUUGAGUAAUGAAUUAAACAUUAAAAUUUAUAACCCUGACGAUCCAACCCAAACACACCCUAGCAAAGCAUGUAAAAUACUUUUUAAUCAAGCAAUUUCCAUAUGAAUGCAAUUAUUUCCCCCCCGAAAUUAAUCGAAAACCAACCAAAAAGCCCGACACCGCAUGUCAACGUGUUUUAUUUUAAUAAAAUUCCAUUCAAAAAAAAACAAAACAAAACAAAAAAAAAGCUCACCGUAACAUUCUCCUUGAAAACAGCCCCGACAACAGUGUUGUGUUACGGAAAAAUUUACGAGCUGAAAAUUGUGCUCCGCGCCACACUUUUACAGCGGCACCAUUUUUCCCAUCCACGCCCAAGCUACCGGGCUGACCGUGCGUCGGACUCCGAUAAGGACGAGCAGAAUUUUCAUCACAUGCAAGUGCCCAUAAUUUAUGCAUUCACUUUAACGGUGCCUAUCCGUGCGUUUUGCACGGAGGUCUAGCGGGUAUUUGGUGCAAAACAAUAUAAGGAUACACAGUCUUUCCCUUUCCCCCCUGGCCAAGGCACCACGAAGGAAAUCGUUUUCCCCCGGUGGAAUGUUGUGUAGGUCAAAAAAGUUCCAAACUGCCAGUGUGUGUGCGUGUGUGUGGUUUUUAUUUUACAUGGAAAUUUAAAACAAUAUCCAAUGAACAUUUGUGGCCCCUGUGUUGGAGUGUUUCGUUACAGUUACCGUGUCGGGAAAGGUCCUUAAAAACAAAUCAAAAUUAUUAAAGCUACUGAAUUCUAAUUAAAGCCAAACGAUACGGAAAAGGGGAUCCGCAUUUAGGUUGGAAUAAUGUUCUUUCUUAAGUCACCUUUCCAAAAGCGGGAAUACAAAUGUGUUCAUAUUGUGUGUUUACCAGCAGGGCAGCUACAAAGUGUAAUGGUUUAAAGAAAAAUGUCACGGCAAAAUCUUGGCCAUUAAGUUUGUGUGACCUAUUAAAAGUUUCUUCCUCGUAGUGAAUAGCCUGAGAAAGUCAAUUUAGCCCUUACGCAAAAAAAAAUUGCAUCAUCAGUUCGUGUUGUGGCCAUUACUCCUAAUUAUGUGAGAGGCGGAAAUUGUGGUGUAACUUUACGGUACAAAUGAAAACACUCGAAUGCGAAACCAGAAGCUUAUUGUUCUAAAUGGGCUGGAUGAAUUGAAAGCGUAGCUUCCCAAAAUUUACAUUCCCCCCUCGAUUUAUUCCCCGGACCGUACCACAACGUCGUCGCAUUUAGUGUAUCGUCAGCAUGAUCGCACCACAAACGACAAGCAGCGGAAAAGCUUCGACACGAAAGCGAAGAAAAAGGAUCCCGUCCGGUUUGAGGUCAACUCUUCCCUUGUCUUUGCUUUGGGUGCUUAUAGGCUUCGCGUUAGGACCACCGCAUUGUGCCGGGGCACCAUCACUCGCCGCCAAAUCCUGGCCAUCGAUGAAGACGUACGACAUUUGGGGUUCUCCCACCGCCAACGACGGGACGGGCGCACGGUCAGGGGCAAGGUCGAACGAUUCCUUUGACCCAGUUUCGAACCGCUACAAUGGUACGGCAACCGGUUCCGGCGCUAGUAGACGCCGUAGCCGGUACAGCUACGGUGAACCGACGGGUAUCGCUUCCUUCUACGGUGACGCAAGCCGGCAACGGGACGAUGGCCCACAAACACGAAGACGUUCCGCGAAAGUGCUCAACUUCCUGCCGGUGCCAGUGGAUGACGAGUGCCUGUCGGAUGAUGGUCGCCGUACAGGGAUGUGCAUGAAUGUGUACGAGUGUCGCAUACAGGGCGGAACCGCUCGAGGUCAGUGUGCACUCGGCUUUGGAGUAUGUUGUGUGUUUGUUGCCAGCUGUAACGAGGAGAUCGUGAACAACAUUACGUACUUUGUGUCACCGGCCUUUCCGGGCAUCGUGCCGAAAGAUCUUGGAAGCUGCAAGCUCAAGAUAAAGCUGAUGAAUCCCGACAUUUCGCAGUUAAAGUUUGAUUUCAUUCAUUUCGCACUGGGUCAACCGAAUCGACGAACUGGCGUGUGUGAAGGCGAUCUGUUCCGGUUGAUAGGCGGUAUCAGUCCGUUUGAUUUGUGUGGACAGAACUCGGGACAACAUCUGUACUACGAUCUGAGCCCGAAGAGUCGUGCUGAGGAGCAGAUCGAGCUGGAGAUGAACUUUGCGUCGCGUUCCUUCGCCCAACGGCUGUGGGAAAUCCGUGUGUCACAGAUCCCGUUCAGUCAACGUUCGCCGAGCGGUUGUAUGCAGUACUUUACCGGUACGGAGGGGCUUGUACAGACGUUUAACUUUGCGGAAAAUGGACGCUACUUGGCCAACCACAACUAUCGUGCCUGCAUCCGGCAGGAGAAAGGCAUGUGUUCGGUAUCGUACGAACCAUGCGACGAACAGUCAUUCCGUAUCGGUCUACCAGGUGCUGGUGGACAGGGUGGAGGACAGGGUGGAGGAGCAGGAGGAGGCCCAUUCGGAGGUAUCGCAUCACCAGGAAGUCCUGGUGGGCCCAUCUCCGGAACGGGAACCUUCUCCGAUCCCUCUUUAGCGGAUGAUCCACUUGCACCGGCCGCGGACAUUCCCAUGGAACCAUCUCCUAUCGCCGAUCCAAUAGUUGAGGCAUCUCCCGAAGCACCGGCGGCGGAUUUAGAACCGGCCGCGGAUGAACCCAUCCCAGCCGAGGAAGAACCCGAUGUAGCGGCCGAUGAUCCAGCAGCCGACGAUGAAGGAUCCGGUGGCGGUGGUGGUGGGUUCUUCGAUGGAUUCUUCCCUUCGUUUUUCUCCCGCAGCAUCUUCGACGAUGACGAUGAGGUGAAGAGUCCGAAGCGACGGAAGGGUCGUGCUAUGUCAAAGCGAAGCGACUGGCAUGCACGACAGUUCGAGGGCAUUAACUGUCUCGAUCGAAUCACGUUACCGUGCAUCGUGGAAGACUUUAUCGGGGUGGGAAUGGGUGAUUUGCCCACCUGCCGACCUGUACACUGUGGAAAUUCACUGUGUCCGCCGGGUGUUUCACCGUGCCGGGUGGAAACUUCCGUAACACCGUUCCGGCUAGGUAUACACUUCGGUGAAGGAAUCGAUAGGGGCAGCCCAGAGGACAAUCUAGGCGCGUGUAUCCGAUACAAUCAAAUUCCGUGUGGUGGUUAGUGGUAACUGUGGUGGAUAGGAUCUAAAGGAAAGCGUGCUUGAGAAGGGAAUGCUUUUUUUCUGUAUAAAGUAGAUUGUAUCUGCGUGAAUGUGAGAAGCGUAUUUAUUUGCCAUGAACGAGAUCGAUUAGGUUAACAAACAAGUACAUAGUAAGAUGCAUUAGAUUUCUAAGUACAAGUCAACGGACACUUGAAUUCGCAUAGGUGAAUUAAAGAGCAUUUUCCUCGUUCAGUUUUCUUUACAUCAUUCAUAUGGAAUUGAAAAUACAUAAACGUCCAGACAGAUCUCCACCCCCUGACCACAUCAAGCAAGAAACUGAAGGAAUGUACAGAAGCAGAACAAACGCAUAAGGUGCGUUUUCCCAGCUGUAAUUAGAUGGGUGUACAUGUAACACUGUAGAUCACAAUACCAGUUAUUUAUUUAUAGAAAUAUGCAAUAAAUCAUAAGUUAAACGUAAAACUGCUUCAAAGGCUAUUAUUAUGCUAAAAUGUACCGCCAAUUGCAUACAUUAUGGCGGAAUGUAUAUUGCCUUAUUGCAUACUUUGAGGCGUUUUUAUGGUAAAACCGUAGAAUGUAGCUGUUUAGUUAUUGUUUAUGAUUUUUUUCUUGAUUGAAGCGUUACAAAUACGUCACCUAACGACUUAAUAACAACUUACGUUUUCAUCACAACUCCAUCAUUCCAUCCAGAUCGUCACUAGGUCCAAUAAAGCGAUACCAUGAAAAUGCAAUUGAAUAGUUAAAUAGAUAAAAAAAAGCAAACCGGUUUCAGCAUCAGCAUGAGCACCGAUCUUUAUGAUUCUUCCCCAGUAAAUAUAGGCCGAAAUAUGGUUUAGAACAACGGAACUGGAAACGAAAGAUGGCGAGCGAGAAAAAAAGGUGUGAAACCGAGCUUUUUAUGCGAUGGGUUGCCGUAAAACAUAAUUUCUAUCACUUCACCUUUACCUAAGGGAUAUAUAUACACACGGUUUCGGAAGAAAACGCCCCAUGAAACAAUUGAUUGUGACGGUUUAUGUAGGUUAAGAGCAUUCCGUUGUCAUAAAGGUCGUAUCGAUGGGAUAGGAAGGAUUGGGCGAGAGCUUACUGAUCCAAUUUCUUGCUUUGCGGUUAAAGUGGUACGAUGAAAAUCGAUUCCCUUGGCACACAGUUAACACAGUACGGUUUAUGGAGUUGAGAAAACUUCAUUUGGUACGUUUGUAUAACAUACUGUGCUACUUAAAAAUGAGGGAAAAUUUUUAGAAAAUAGAUGCUGAAU